CACCUACCUGUCACCUACAGACCGGGAACCUACCGCCUGAACUCUUACACCAACCAGAGACCCGGCAGAACCAUGUAACUGCCUCGGUGUCCGUGUAAUCACCCGCUGCUGUCCUGACAUCCCCUGCCUGCAGCCUAUCGGCCAGCACAAUGCUGUUCUCGCUGCGUGAGUUGGUGCAAUGGUUGGGAUUCGCCCAGUUUGAAAUUUUCAUUCAUGUUUCGUCUUUGCUCAUAUUCUCUGUGCUGGUGGCUCUCAAAGUGGACGGAGUGGCCCAGGCCCUCAGUUGGUGGAACGUGUUCAUUCCAUUGUUUGCUGCCGAUGGGCUCAGCACCUAUUUCACUACUAUAGUGACAGUGCGACUUUUCCAGGAGGACAAGCGUCAAGCCGUGCUGCGCCUCUUCUGGAUUCUCACCCUACUGAGCCUAAAAUUUGUCUUUGAGAUGCUUCUCUGUCAGAAACUAGUGGGAAAUACCAAGGAGCUGUGGUAUGGACUCAUCCUGUCACCCAUAUUCAUUCUCCUUCAGCUCCUGAUGAUCCGGGCUUGCAGAGUGAACUAAGACUGGAUCGGGAUCAGUUCCCUGCAUGUUUAUUUAUUAAAGCUUUAUUCAAUGGCCCACAAUGAUUUGUUCUCGUUCAGAACUCAAUGUAACUGAUCCCAAUGAGUUGUUAAGUUUGUUUUCUUCAGUGAGUGGGUGGCUGGUUAAACAAGCUUUACACUAUUUGGAGUUGUAUUCAAACUGAAGGGACAUGCUUAUUUUUAUACAAAGUUAUUUUACACUCCCCCCUGUUUCCCGGUUAGUUAUAGGCUCAUCCAUGAUAUGUUAUUCCCAGUAGGUCACAUUUUACCUCAACAUGAGAUCUUUGUGUAAAUAAUAAACCACACGAUGUAAGAAUUUUUUAUAUUACAUGGUUUUGAAUGGCUUUACGGGAUCCUAGAUCUUGGGAGUGUCACACGGCCAGACUAGGGCAGGCACAUGCCCCCGCCUGACCGACGCACCCGUGUAUUCUUA